AGCUCCUUGGCACUAUUGCUUGAAAGUAGAAUCUGUUUCUUUACGAAACACAAAAAUGUACAUUGGAGGGGCCUUUCCCCCUUCAGCUCACCAGCAGAUCAAAUAACAAAAUAAUUCAAGUGUCAUGUGGGAAAAUUCUGGACGUUUCUUAUGUGUUUUCCCCUUAUUAUUACAGUGAAUUUGACACACCAUUGUAAAACAAUUAUCCCCUACACCAGAUGUCUAAAUAGAAAUACAGGGCCUGAUACUCUUCUUACAACUGGGGUAUCUUCAGUAGAGGUACUUCUUGCUUUUACAGUUGUGUCAAUAUACAUGAAAUAUAGAUAUGAGCCAAAACUAUGGAACUAUUUAUGGACUACAAUGAAUGAUUCUGGCUUCCUACACAACUCCCAAGCUUCCACCAGGCUUUGGGGCUGGAUCCAGAGCCUGUUUACACCGCCCCCUCCCCCCAAAAAAACAAUAUGAGACGAACUCACCAUAGAGAACCUGAGAGAGAGACUCACUCCAUCAGCUGCCUCAUGCUGGUUUUUCAGUGGGCAGGGUUUACUCAGGCCUUAACAUCAAUCCUAAUGCCUAUCCCGAUGAGGUAGGUAAAUGAGUAAAAUGGAACCCAAAUUGAAUCAACCCUUGUUUUUAUUUUGCAAAUCUAAAUCUCAACCAAUGGGUUGGCAAAAUCAAAACCCAUUCCCGGUUUUACCCAUCUCAAUAAACAUCCCAUCUAUAAACUAUAUAACAGGCUGUUAUUUGGCUUUCGAGGCAGCCUACAGUGGAUGAUGGAAAAAUGCCAAUGCUCCUUUUCUUGCUCUCUUGCAGGACUGUGUAUUCAGCUGCACUACGUCUCUUCCUCCUCAUCAUCAAGGUCAAGGCCUUGAGCUAUGCAUUUUCAUGCUUUUCACAUCCUCCUCCUGGGAAUGUCAUUGGUAAGGGAAUACAGCUCCAGUCAAUGCACAUGUGAAGAGAAAGCAAAUACGUGCACGUUCAUUCCCUGUGGAAUCCCUGGGAGCAAUGGUUUACCAGGCAGAGAUGGGAAGGAAGGUCCAAAAGGAGAAAAGGGAGAGCUAGGGUUGAGAGGGACACAGGGUCUCCCAGGAAAAGCUGGACCCUCUGGGCCAAAAGGCGAGAAAGGUUCAGUAGGUGAAAGAGGACCAACAGGCCUUAGUGGAGGCCAAGAACUUAAUCAUCUUAAAAUUCAAGUGAGGGAGUUGCAAGUACAACUGAAGGCCUUGCAAGCUACUGUCAGCAAAGCCCAGAAAGUUCUGCUUUUCCCAAAUGGCAUGACUGUCGGUGAAAAAAUAUUCAAAACUGAGGGCUCCGAAGGCAACUUUGAGACUUCAAAAGCUGCAUGUUCCCAAGCUGGUGGCCUGCUUGCUUCUCCAAGGAAUUCUGCAGAGAACAGCGCCAUCCAACAAAUAGCAGCUAGGCAUAAAAAAAUGCCAUUUCUUGGAAUAAAUGACAUACAGACAGAAGGCACAUUUAAGCAUCUAAAUGGUGAAGCAUUAGGAUACUCAAACUGGGCAUCAAACGAACCAAAUAAUUCUGAAGGAAUAGAGGACUGUGUAGAAAUACAUUCAAGUGGCAAGUGGAAUGACAAAUCCUGUGCAGAGAAACGUUUAAUAAUUUGUGAAUAUUAAUCUACCUGCCCUUUUGGUUAUUUGUCACUUAGUACAAAUGUACAUACAGCUUUACAUAUUGUUAAUUAUAUCAAUUUACAGUAGCCCUACGUUUUGGACAUUGUGCUGCAUCAGUAAUGUAAAACAUACAGCUGUCUACUGUAUGUGAAAAACUGUGGUCAAAUAAAAUAAUCAUGCAACACUGA